UCUCCCUCCCGCCCGCCCUCCCGGAGCUGGGCAGGGCUCCGGGUCCCUCCCUCCCCGGCGGGCUGGGGCUGGGACCGGGGCCGGGCAAGGCGGGGCGGGCGCGGGGCUCCCUCGCCGGGAACUUUCCGGCCCGGCAGAGCGAGCGGGGAGCGGGGCUGAGCCAUGAGCCGCCUGGACCUGGACACGCACCGCCUGGCGCUGCUGGCCGCCAGGGAGGACAUCGGGAGCCGGCGUCUCUCCGCCGACUGGGCCAUCUUUGCGUAUGGGAAGCACAAUGAGCUGAAACUCCUGGACUCGGGAGCCGGCGGGGUAGACGAGCUGGCCGGGAAGUUCUCCAGUAGCAGCGUCAUGUACGGCCUCUGCCGCGUCCAGGACCCGAGCUCCGGGCAGCCCCGCAUCAUCCUCAUCAACUGGGUGGGGGAGAAGGUGCCGGAGUCCUACAGACAGACCUGUGCGGGGCAUCUGCCUGCCAUCAAGGCCUUCUUCAAGGAGGCCAGCCUGGUGCUGAGUGCCCGCCGCCCCGAGGAGGUGACGCAGGAGGGGCUGCACCGCGUGCUGUCCCGGCUUGCGCCAGCAGGGGGCAGCGCCUCCAGGCGAGCACCAGCCAGCGGCUCUGAGGAACUGGUGGGCACCAACUACAGGAAAACGAACCCCGCCCUGGAAAUCCGCAGGACCAAACGGGAUUCGUUCUGGGCGCAGGCCGAGAGGGAAGAGGAGCAGCGGAAGGAGGAGGAGCGCCGGCGGCUGCUGGAGGAGCGCAAGCGCUGGGAACGUGAGCGCAUGGAGGAGGAGAAGAGAGAGGCGGCUGAGCGAGAGCGCAAGUUCAAGGAGAAAGAGAGGCUGAUCGAGGAGCAGAGGAAGGAGCAGGCCCGGCUGGAGGCCGAGGAGCGGAGGAAGGAGAAAGCCCGAUGGGAGCAGCAGCAGCGGGAGCACGAGGAGGCCAUGCGGGACCGGUUCCGGCGCAGCGAGUCCAUCGAGAAGGCCGUGGAGGCGGCCACGCUGGUCUCCCAGCGCUCACAGAACCCCCGGGAGUUCUUCAGGCAGCGGGAACGCUCCAGUUCCACUUCGGGUGCCCAGUCGCCCCCCUCGCCCCUGGGGGUCAGGCCAGGAGCACCCCACAGGCCCUACCUGCGUUACCAGCGCAGCCUGACGGAGUCUGCCUACAUCUUCCGCCGGCCAGAGCCCCCCGCUUCGCCAGGGGACUUCCUCCCGGCCCCCUCCAGCCCUCGCCCCUCUGAGUCCAGCUCCAGCAGGACUGCCCUUCCCACCAGUCCACGCAGACCCACACCCCUGUCCCCCACCAGCCUGCCCGGGGCCAAACCCCUGUCUCCCACCAGCCCGCGUGGGACAGGGCCCCUGCCCCCCAUCAGUCCGCCUGGGGCCAAACCCCCAUCCCCCACCAGCCCAUGCCGGACAGGGCCCCUGCCCCCCAUCAGCCCGCCUGGGGCCAAACCCCUGCCCCCCACCAGCCUGCACGGGGCCAAACCCUCAUCCCCCACCAGCCCGCACGGGACAGGGCCCCUGCCCCCAGCUAUUCAUCCCAGGACCAAAGAUUUGUUCCACAUCAGCCCAGAUGGAACCAUGACUCUGCCUCUCAUCAGCCUGGCUGAACCCAGGUCUCCAGCCCCUGCUCACCAUGCCAGAGCUGGGUCUCCACCCCCUGCCAGCCCCCCACCCCCUCCCAGAGCCAGAUCUCCAUCCCCUGUCAGCCCUCCCAGAGCUGGGUCUCCACCCCCUGCCAGCCCCCCACCCCCUCCCAGAGCCAGAUCUCCAUCCCCUGUCAGCCCUCCCAAAGCUGGGUCUCCACCCCCUGCCAGCCCCCCACCCCCUCCCAGAGCCAGAUCUCCAUCCCCUGCCAGCCCUCCCAGAGCUGGGUCUCCACCCCCUGCCAGCCCCCCACCCCCUCCCAGAGCCGGGACUCCACCCCCUGCCAGCCCCCCACCCCCUCCCAGAGCCAGAUCUCCAUCCCCUGCCAGCCCACCCAGAGCCGGGUCUCCAUCCCCUGCCAGCCCUCCCAGAGCUGGGUCUCCACCCCCUGCCAGCCCACCCAGAGCCGGGUCUCCAUCCCCUGCCAGCCCUCCCAGAGCCGGGUCUCCAGCCCCUGCCAGCCCCCCACCCCCUCCCAGAGCCGGGUCUCCACCCCCUGCCAGCCCCCCACGAGCUGACUCUUCACCUCUUCUCUCUCUACCCCCUGCUCCAGUGUCUCUGAGCCAGCCUCCAGCUACAUUUCUGCUGACGGAGGAGGAUGCCCCUUGCAUGGCUCCCAGAUCACUCCAGGGCCCCUCUGAGAGCUCCCUGCUGGCAGAGCUGGUGCCCUCUGAGGGGCCCCAUGGCAGUGUCCCAGAUGUGCCGAUUGGGGCCCUUGCUGACCCCACUAACCCAUCACUGGCUGGGGGGGAGCCGGCUCAAAGCUGCCCAGUUCUCUCCAGCGCAGGGUCCUGCUCCCUGGAACCUCUGCCUCAGUCCGCGCCCCUGUGGCCCUGGCAUCCCGGCCCCUCCACGGCUGCAGCCCCCAGGCCAGGCGAGGACCCCAUGGCAGGUGGAGAGGCACCGCUGGAGCCCUCCCACGGGCCCCUCCUGGCGCCAGAGGCCAGCCUGGCCGAGCUCCUCCCAGAGUCAGGACACAACGGCAUAGCAGGGCAGGAGGUCAGGAGGUGGCCGGAGCUCAGGGAGCUGGAGCCGGAGCCGAAGCCAGGAGAGAAGGACGCCCUGAGCGGCAGUGCCAAGGUCCAGCUGCAAGCGGCGUGGGAUCCCCCAGCAGGGGGGACAGCCUGGGUCUCUCUGCAAGGCGGCACCAAGCAGGCGGCACUGGAGGGGGGGGAGGCCGUCGAGGGCCCCUCCCCCCACACUGCAUAGACAGCAGGGGCUGCCGGACCCCAGCGUGGGCUCGGCUGUAUGACUGCGACUCACCGGGGGGCUGCUCAGAUUGCCCCCCCCGGGCCCUUCUAAGAACCAGCAAUUCCCCCCACACACACUCUGGAGGUGCCUGUGGGCCCAACCCCUGCACUCUGAACCCCCAGCGCCCCGGUCUCUGCUCGCUGGGUGAGCCCCCAACCCACCAUGUUACCCUGCAACCUGGGCGGUGGCCUCCAAGGCCUAAUAAAGGAGCUGUGGGAACUGGC